AUGCUGUUUGAAGUCUCCCGGAAACUUUUCUCGCGGUCAGACCGCGUCAAGGGAGUUGAUUUCCAUCCCACAGAGCCAUGGCUGCUCACCGGGCUGUAUAAUGGAACGGUUAACAUCUACAACCACGAAACCGGCGCCCUCAUCAAGACAUUUGAAGUCGCAGAGGUUCCGGUGCGCUGCGUAAAAUUCAUCGCCCGCAAGAACUGGUUUGUCGCGGGAUCGGAUGACUUCCAGCUUCGCGUUUUCAAUUACAACACACACGAGAAAGUCACGACAUUCGAAGCGCACCCGGAUUACAUACGGUGUCUCGCCGUUCACCCGUCGGCGAGCAUAGUGAUAACGGGAAGUGAUGAUAUGACGAUCAAGGCAUGGGACUGGGAGAAAGGCUGGAAGAAUAUCCAGAUCUAUGAAGGCCAUACGCAUUAUAUCAUGAACCUUGCCUUCAACCCGAAAGACACGAACACAUUCGCCUCAGCGUGUCUUGACCGAACUGUCAAAAUGUGGUCUAUUGGCUCCCCCACCCCGAAUUUCACGAUGGAGGCCCAUGAGAAGGGGGUGAAUUACGUCGAAUUCUACCCCGGCGCCGACAAACCCUACCUUGUUACCACUGGUGAUGAUAAGACAGUCAAAGUCUGGGACUAUUUGAGCAAGAGUUGCGUUCAGACGAUGGAAGGCCACACCAAUAACGUUUCAUUCGCCGUAUUCCACCCCAACCUCCCCAUCAUAAUAUCCGGUAGUGAAGAUGGUACGGUCAAAAUAUGGAAUAGUGGGACGUAUCGCAUCGAAAACACGCUGAGCUACGCAUUGGAACGCGCCUGGUGUGUAUCGUUGCGGAAGAGCGCAAAUGAAGUCGCCGUUGGGUUCGACGAGGGCGUCGUAAUCGUCAAACUGGGUCGCGAUGAACCGACCUUCAGCAUGGACCAUUCAGGCAAACUCAUCUAUACGCGCAACAACGAGGUCAUGUCUGGUAACCUCCAGUUGAUCUCGGACGAGUCGGUGACGGAGGGCGCCCGCAUCCCCAUCCCAGUCAAGGAGAUCGGGACCACUGAAGUCUUUCCCACAUCCCUCAUCCAUUCACCCAACGGUCGGUUCGUGACCGUCGUCGGCGACGGAGAGUAUAUCACGUACACAGCAUUGGCGUGGCGCAACAAGUCCUUCGGGAAUGGCAUAUCGUUUGCGUGGGCGCCAGACUCAAAUACAUACGCGGUUCUCGAAAGCAAGGUUAAGUUGAAGGUAUACAAGAACUUCAAGGAGCGAGGGGGCGUUGGAAUGAAAGGUGUUGGAAGCUGGUCUAUGGAUGCCCUACACGGAGGAACUCUGCUUGGUGCGCGGGGCGCAGGAUUUGUUAUGUUCUGGGAUUGGGACAGCGGGGAAAUUGUUCGCCGAAUAGACGUUGACGCCAAGCAGGUGUAUUGGUCCGGCACCGGUUCGUUGGUAGCCAUCGCGGCCGAAGACUCGUUUUACAUCCUGCGCUUCGAUCGAGACGCAUAUAAUGAGAAGCUAGAAGAGGGCGCACAGAUAACGGACGAGGGUGUUGAGGAGGCCUUCGAGGUCAUAGCCGAUGUCCCCGAAAGCGUUCGAACGGCUAAAUGGAUAGGCGAUUGCUUCAUAUAUACAACGACGACAAACCGACUGUGUUACUUCGUUGGCAGUGAAUCCUACACCAUCAGCCCUUUCGACACCCCAUUGUACCUUAUGGGCUACAUUCCGGCCCAUAACCGUGUAUACCUCGCCGACAAGGACGUCAAUGUAUUCAGUUAUUCGCUCUCUCUUAGCAUGGUGGAAUACCAGACGGCAAUACUUCGAGGUGACAUGGAGUCUGCCACAGAAAUAUUACCAACACUCCCCAAGGAGCAGCUCAACAAAGUUGCCCGCUUCCUUGAAAGCCGAGACCUCAAGGAGCUGGCGCUUCAGGUGACAACUGAUCCUGAUCACAAGUUCGACCUCUCGCUGCAGCUCGAUGACCUCGACAGUGCCGUCCAGAUUGCUAGGACGGUGCCAGAAGCCGAAGCCGAAGCAAAGUGGAAAUCAUUGGGAGACCGGGCGCUUACGGUUUGGCGAUUUGACCUUGCCCGUGAAUGCUUCGAAAAGGCAGGGGAUCUGAGCGCGUUGAUGCUGUUGCUAUUAUCUACCGGCGAUAGGGACGGAUUGAGUAAACUGGCUGUUUCAGCAGAGGAGAAAGGCCAAAAUAAUCUUGCGUUUGCGAUACUCUUGCAGCUCGGGGAUGCGAAGGCGUGUGUCGACUUGCUGGCUAAGACUCAGCGCGCGCCAGAAGCUGCCCUUUUCGCUCGAACGUAUCUCCCAAGCUACGCGCCGGUCGCAGUAGACGCAUGGCAUGCCGAUCUCAAGGCCAAAGGCCGACCUAAAAUUGCAGCUUCAGUCGCGCAUCCGAGCAAACAUGCCGAUUUGUUUGAGGAGGGUUGGGAAGACGCAUUGGGGAAGGAAAAACAAAGCGGCUCAGACGAACCGCGCGAGAGACAGUCAUCAUCUGGCACGGAUGAUGGGGUUCUAGUAGAUGCUGCUUAG